UGCAGCACUGUUGAAACCACAGAAGAAGACACAGAUGAUGUCACACUCCAUAGUUCGUUAGCCUCAUUAGCACAAAAACAACAGAAAUAAAUAAAGGUUUUACCAAGGCAACAGCUCAAUCCACCUGAUGGGGCUGUCAGUCAUCCAGACACCAUCACUCUGCUGCCACAAAGAUAGAUAGAUCUGCUGACAAGAAAACAGCAAAGGAGAAUAAAAACAAGAGGCAAGAAGAAGAAAGAGAAGGGGACGAGAGACAACAAGAGAAGAAGAGAGGAAGAAGAUGAACAGCAGAGAAGUGAAGGAAUACCUGUCUCACCAGCUCGUCCCUCAGUUGCUGGAGGUGGGCCAGGAAGUGGGAAGGGAAGUCAGACAGCAAGCUUAGUUCGCUGCUUCGACCUCAGAGCCAUCUCGUUGGACGAUCUGCUCAGGAAGCAGCUGCUAAGCCACGCCUCCCCCAGCAGGAAGUGGGAGGUUAUUUCAAAAAUGAUGAGUCACAGAGAGCUGGCAAAACAGGAGAAGACGAACUCAGAGCUGAGGAGACAGCUGAUUGGUCAGAGGGUUUGUCGUGGGUGGUUUCCCUCAAGACGUCCACCAGGCUCUUAGCUUUCAGGAGCAGGUACAGACCAAACAGAUAGCAUAGAAAAACAAACAGACAGGCAGACAACAGGUAGCUAACUCAGUUUGGGGUUCACCAACCAACUCUGCAGGGGCUCCACACAAUGGGCCAGCUCCAGUGGGAAACUAAUUAACUUAAUUAAGUGAGUAAUUAAUACACAGUAACAAACAGAUGAUGUAUGUUUGUAGUGAAGUCAGCUUCCCCCUAGUUCCCUCCAUAAACAGCCAAUGUGAUUAUUAUAGAGUAAUCAUCCGUUUCUGAUCCUGACAGGUUUAGUUCAGCAGGAUCAUCUUUGCUAAUGAACAUCUAUGAUGUUUGAAGCCUCAAUACAAUCAGAAGUAAACAGCUAAUGUUAGGUUAUAAACCAAUGACACCACGGUCACAUGACUUCAUCACCAUGGUCACAUGACUUCAUCACCACGGUCACAUGACUUCAGUGUCUCCAUCACUAAACUUCAGCUUGUAGUUUGAUUCAGCUCUGACUCGUCUACUGAAGCUUUUCCUCUGACACAGUUAGAGACAGUUUGUAGAAACACAACCAGGCUGUAAAGGUGGACCGGUGAGUUAAUGAGGCUGUAAAGGUGGACUGGUGAGUUAAUGAGGCUGUAAAGGUGGACCGGUGAGUUAAUGAGGCUGUAAAGGUGGACCGGUGAGUUAAUGAGGCUGUAAAGGUGGACGGUGAGUUAAUGAGGCUGUAAAGGUGGACCGGUGAGUUAAUGAGGCUGUAAAGGUGGACCGGUGAGUUAAUUAGGCUGUAAAGGUGGAUUGGUUCAUAAAAUGUGAAAUAUUUCACAUUUAUUCUGAAAAUCCCUGGUGUAGUUUCCUCUCAGUGACUCGUUCGUUUACAGUGAAGGAUUGUGGGAGAUCAGUCAGCUGGUAAACAACACAGAUUUUAACUGAAUCCAGGCUGACACACAUCAACAGUUUAUGUCAAACUGAACUCCCCAGGUCCUGAUCACAUCAGGUGGGGGAGGGGCGUCUGUAGAGCAUCAUGGGUAAUCACAGUCCUUAUCACAGUGGGGAAUGUUAAUGACACACAGAGACCAAGACCUCAGGAGAUAAAGGCACUGAAAUAGACUGAAGACCUGAACCCCCCACCCCUCCCCAUUUACUGACAUUUACUGACAUUAACUAACAUUUACUCAGACAGAUCCUGAAUGAGACCAGAACCAGGAUCCUGAGGUGUCACCAUGUUCUCCAUUUACUGCGAGGCCCGAAUCCUUGGUCCGAAUCCAAGUCCGAGACUCUGCCCCAUCCGGGCAGAGUCUAGCUGUGCACCAGAACCAGCUGAAUCAAGAAAUCAAAGAUUUUCUAAAUUAAACAGAGUCUAGCCCACAUAUUUCCACAUCUGGGCAGAGUCCGGCUUUGCACCAAACUGGUCCAGAUGUGGAAGUAGCAUCUGACAGUCAUGCCAUAUGUGGGCCAGAUCUGGGCCGUGGAUCUGGGCAUAUGCUGGGCCAGAGAAGAACAAUCAUGUGGUAACACAACACUAACUAGAGUCAGACUGAGUCUCAUGUCCGGUUCAGACUGGUUCAGACCAGUUCAGCUGCCUCUGGAAGCUCCUUAUCUUCGGUCUCUUAUCUCCUGAGUGUUUCUAUUCUCAUUUUCUUCCAUCUUUGGUCGGCCGCUGUCUCCUCUCUCUCUCUCUCUCUCUAUGUCACUCUCGCCAUCCUCGCUCGCCCUGCCUCUGGCUGUUAUAAACAGCCCGACUCGUCCACCUCCUCCGUCCUCCACUUUUCAGCAGCAUGGCUCCAAAGAAAGUGGAACCGAAGAAGACGGAGGUGAAGAAGACAGAGGUGAAGAAGGAGGAACCUCCCCCGCCUCCUAAACCCGUAGAGCCGGAGUCCAAACCUCCGGAGGUGGAUCUGAAGAGCAUCGUGGUGGAGUUCAGUCCGGACCAGAUCGAAGAGUUCAGAGACGCCUUCACGCUGUUUGACGAGACGCCCACCGGCGAGAUGAAGAUCACCUAUGCCCAGUGCGGAGACGUGAUGCGAGCACUGGGUCACAACCCCACCAACGAGGAGGUGCUGAAGCUGCUGGGGAGGCCGAAGGCGGAGGAGCUGAACGUCAAGCUGCUGGACUUUGACAGCUUCCUGCCCAUGCUGCAGCAUGUUGCGCGCUCCAAGGAGCAGGGCAACUUCGAGGACUUCGUGGAGGGUCUGAGGGUCUUCGACAAGGAGGGGAACGGCACAGUGAUGGGGGCGGAGCUACGCCACGUCCUCGCCACGCUGGGAGAGAAGAUGACGGAGGAUGAGGUGGACCGGCUGAUGGUGGGACAGGAGGACGCCAAUGGACACAUCAACUACACUGAGUUUGUCAAACACAUCCUGGCUGGAUAGAAAACACUGUCUGAGGAUCUGAGGGUCCGGAUCAGCGUUCUGCUGUUUUUCCUGUUUCUGUAAUAAAACACAUCCUUACA